AUGCAGGUUUACAAGCAAGUGGAGCCCAUUAAGAAAGAUGUUGGAGCCAAAUACACUUCGACACUCCAAACACUUCUUUUAAUGUUUAAAGAAGAAGGCGUGAAAGGCUUAUGGAAGGGACACAUUCCUGGUCAGAUUUUAAGCGUCACUUAUGGAACUGGCCAGUUUCUAGCGUAUGAUCAGUUCAAUCGUCAUUCAAGAAACAUCAAAUUCUUCGAUGAACAUUCUGAUAUUCGGCAUAUUGUAGGUGGUGGCUUAGCUGGUGCUUUUGGAAUGUCAAUUGCUACACCAUUUGAUGUAGCACGCACAAGAUUCAUCGCUCAAGAUGAUGGUCGAGGUUAUCGGUCUCUAUUUCAAGCAUUUGCAACAAUAAUUCGAAAUGAAGGUUUUCGUGGUUUAUUUCGUGGACUUGUGCCUGGCGUUACAGCGAUUGCUCCAAAUGCUGCGAUUCAAUUUGGUUCUUAUAAUUUCAUUCUUGAACAUUACAUUGACUUCAUGAAUCAAGAGAAACCUUCGCGACAUGUCAUUUUAUUAGCGGGCACAUUCAGCGGUAUUGUUGCUAAAACUUGCAUUUAUCCUCUCGAUCUUACUAAAAAACGUUUGCAAAUUCAACAAUUUCAUGGAAGUCGAACUACUUUUGGAAAGAAUAUCACUACAUCAGGAAUGUUUGAUUGCUUGCGGCAGACUUUGCGUGAUGAGAAAUUUAGUGGACUCUACAAAGGGUGGGCUCCAGCUGUAAUCAAAUCUGGUGCUAUAGACGCUUAUUACAGAUAUGAUCCAACUGCACCGCGAGGGAUGGGACCACCACCUGGCUACAGUACUCAUCCACCACGACACAGAGCACCGAUUCCGUUACAACAACAACAGCCCCAAUAUCCAACUUAUCAGCCGACAGAUAACAUGUACUCAAUGGGUGCUGAUCAGCAUGCUGGUAUGAGCUUAGGAGACAUCACUGGAUGGGGAAGUCAACCAGUUCCAACUCAGCCUUAUGGACAACCAAUGGGCUAUGGUCAUCCAGCUCCUCAACCACCACAAAGACAAACUCAAGCCAGCUAUCGCCAGCAUAUGAGUGGAUAUCCUCAAGAUCCCAAACAAAUGCAAGCGGCAUAUUCAUCACAACAAAGCAUGAUGAGCACGAUGAUUCCUCAGCAAGGUUACGGAUCCAUUCCUCAAUCUCAGCAUCAGCAACAAGCUCAACAAAGAAUAUCUCAACAUUAUCCACAAAGUGGACAUCAAAUGUAUCCGACACCACCACAACAAGCUCCAACUCCACAACCCUAUGGUGGUUAUGGACAACAAGCGCAUCUGACAUCACAAAAUCAAGCGAUGCAUCAUUCUUCGAGUGUGAGUCAACAUCAGACGGCGAUGAGUGCACAAGCUAAUCAACAAGCAAGUCAUCAGAUUCCCCAAGGUCAUAAUUCUGCUCAAAUGCCGCACCAAAUGGGCCAUGGAAUGUUACCAAGUUAUGGUAGUCAAAUGACAGCUGCACCAGUUGUUGCUCCACCACAAGUUCCAACUUAUCUUCCAAAUUCGAAGCAAACGUCGAGUAUUGCUACGCAACAGCAUGGAAGUAGUCCCCAGUAUCGAGCGCCUUUCCCACAACUUUCACCUCAAAUGAGUCCAAGACCGCAAAUGUCACCACAUCCUCAAAUGAGUCCACGACCAGUUAUGUCACCAGCAAAACCACCACCACCACCACCACAACAACAAGCUCAAAAUGUUCAACAAUCGUCGAGUAAUUUAUCGCCUCAUCCACACAUGCCAGGAAUUUCGAGUCCAAGUGCAAGGUCACAACCGUCAUUGCCACCGAUUCAGACAAAUGUAAAAAGUUCAAUUGUACCACCUGCAAGUGCCGGUAGUGGAGUCGUUCCGAACACUUUACAAGCACUUGAACAGAUGGUCAUGCCAGUGUCAAAUGCUGCACCUGGAAUGGAUUACAAUCAAACGAGUUAUCGUCAACAAGCACUUCCAUCGAUGCCAAACAAUCCACUUUCACCACUCGGCUCACGUCCGCAACAAAUGGGAGGUGGACAAAAUAGUUUAAUGAAUCAACAGCUGAUGUCGCCGACACUUCAACAACAAGCGCAACAAAUGGAAACAACUGAUCAGUAUAGUGGACUACAAACAAAUCAAUCUUCAAUGUCGACAUUAGAAUCGACAGAUCAAUCAUCAGAUCUGAAUCUUUUGGAUAGUUAUUCAAACAGUGCAACCGUAAAUACAUCGAACAUGUCAUCAUCGAACGCACAAAAGUCGAGUAUUGAAGAUUCAUUGCUCUCUCAAACCACCAAUGAUAAUAGUCAAAGUAGUCAAAUAAGUGACAAUGCAGCAAAUAAUUUGAUGCAAGCAAAUAACUUUACAAAUGAAAUAUCACAAGAUGACAAUGCAAAUCAACAAUCAAUGGAGCAAGAAUUAUUGCCAUGUUUGGAUGCUAACGAUGCCAAUGAUGAGUUUCAAAAAGCAACAACAGACGGAAAUGAAAGUGAACAAGUUUCACAAGACUCACAAGAGCAAGAAUGCAUUGAGAAGAAUGACGAGCUUCAUUUUGGUUUUGAAAGUGAUCCAAUUAAACCAAAGUCAGCUGAUUCAACAAUGAUUCAUCAUGAUGUUGGAAAAGACAUUUUGUCUAAUGAAAUGACUAAUGUCAUUGCUUCUGAUAUUGCGAAUAAUAUCGAACAUAUUUCGUCAGUACAAGCACCAAAAAUGGUCGAUGGAAAUAUGAUGCAACAAAUGCCAACAGUUUAUCCUCCUGGAUCACAUCAAGUACCUAAUUAUAAUAUGAGUUAUAACAUGCAACAAGCACCACCAUACACAGCAAUGCCACAUCAUCAGGAACGAGCGAUGCUUCAACAGCAACUCCAAGAUUUGUAUCUUUUACCUCCAGCGCCUGAACAUCAAGAGAAGAUUCAUCGAACACAAGAACGAAUAAAUAUUCUACAGCAGCAUGAAACGACAGAUCAAUGUCCUGGUGGAACGCCGUCAUGUGUUUUACAGAAUCCAAUGUUCUCAAUGAUUGAUUCACCGCAAGUGACGAGUACAACGGGACGAGGACGAGGACGUGGUAAUUCUUCAAAGCCUCGCAAACCUCGUCAAAAGAAAAGCGAGAAACAAUCACAAGCAGAAUCAACCGAAGAUGAUUCGAAUAAUGUCGUUCCAUCAAAUCUUCCCGUGUCGGAAGAUUCAGUGACAGCUGGUACGGGUUUAAGUGACUUAUCACAAAUGUAUUCGGAAGAUAAUGACAUGGCUGAUAUUUCACAAGAUAAUUUAAUUGGUGAUCUUGAUACAUCGACUGAUGCAAGUGGUAAGAAGAUUAAAAAGCCUAGAAAACCUCGCGCACCGAAACCACCAAAAGAACCAAAGAGCCCUAAAGAGACAAAGGAUCGUAAAAAGAAAGAUAAAGAUCCCGACAAGGCAAAACAGAAGAAGAAAGGAAAGAAAGGAAAUUCUAUUGAUGAUAUGUACAGUGGAAGUGGCGGCGUUGGCGUGGGUGGUGGAGAGAACUCAGUGUCACAUGACAAUAACAGUACAGAACUUUCGAAGCACACAACAAGUGAAGGUGAAGAGAAUCAAACACUCGCUUCACUUAUGCAUAAUCAAAAUUCCACAGAUGCCAACUCAGGUGAGAUUGAAGGACCUGAAGGCGAAACAGCAAAGACUGAUGAUGGAUCAAAGAAGGCUGAUGGUGGCAGUGAUGAAGUGACAGAUUUCGAUGAUAUUCCCGUUUCAAAGAUUGCAAUCAAAUCAUUGAUUGAUGAUAAAGACAAAAGUGUCAUGUCAGACGAAGGCAAUGCUGGAAGUGAAGAUCCUUACUCAAUGAAUGAAGAUGAAACUCCAUCAAAGAAGAAAAAGAGUAAAAGUCGUCGUAGCACGGGAGGUGGUGGAAUGAACAAUAAAAAGCCUCGGAAUUCACGAGCUGGUAAAUCAAGUCGUCGUUCUGGUCGUGUGAAGAUUGUACAGGAUUCAGGAGAUGAAGGUGGUGAUGAUUUGAUUACGACACCACCAGCAUCACCGACAGGAGACGACGCAGAGAUUGACAGUUCAAAGAGACGAUCAGCAAGAAAUACUCAAAGAAAGAAGUACACUGACGAUGUCAUGCUGAGGUUCUCUGAUGAGGAAACUGCUUUAAUUUCACCAGUUAAACGUGAUAGUGCUGGAAAAGCUGAAGAUGGUGGAAAGGAAAAAGUUGAAGGUGAAGAUGGUGGAACUGGAAAUGUCACAACAUCAGACGCGCAAGACGGAACAGUUGAUAAUGUUGACGUAUCGAAACCACCUCCAAUUGAAGACAUCAGCAACAAACCGAAUUAUGUUUACAUCAACACUACUGAUGAAGACACGAUGAUUGUUCAGUUUGUUCUCGCUCAACGAAUGGGAAAACGCGAAUUUAAACCAGAACCGCCACCUCAACCAGCUACUGAAGUUAAGAAGGAAGACGAGUCUCAAGAAGUGAAACAAGAAGGAGAAGAAAAAGAAGAAAAUUCUUCAACAGAUGUAAAGACGGAAGAAUCUGAAAGUGUCAAAGUAAAGAGUGAAGACGAGACUGUGAAAGACGAAGAUGAAGUUAAAGAAAAUGAAGAAGAAAAGAAAGAAAUUCCAAUGGAAGUUGAUGAAGACAAACCAGUGGAAACUGAACGAGAAGAACCUCCAGUACAAGAAGCUGAAGCAGAAGCAGAAGCACCAGAAUCAGAGAAAUGUGAAGAGAAAUCAGUUGAAAGUGAGACUGAGAAACAGUCGAAAGACGAUGAAGAAGAGAAGAAAACGAUUGAAACGUCAGACGAGUCUGAUUCGAAUGGAAGUAAGAAAACUGAAGAGACGACUGGUGAACAACCAGCAACAGAUUCAGCAGAGAAAUCCACUGACGAUACUAAACCAGAGCCAGUUUAUGUGGAAGUUGAAGAAUAUUUAGUUAAAUAUCGAAACUUUUCCUAUCUCCAUUGCGAAUGGCGCACUGAAGAUGAAUUGCUGAAAGGCGACAAACGUAAUGAGUGGAAGUUCAAGCGUCGACCACAUCCUGAUCAAUGGAAACAACUUGACAAGACUCCCGUUUACAAAGGCAACAACUCGCUUCGCCCAUAUCAACUUGAAGGCUUAAACUGGUUGAAAUAUUCUUGGUUCAAGAACAACAACUGCAUCUUAGCCGACGAAAUGGGUCUCGGUAAGACAAUUCAAAGUCUGACGUUUGUUCAUUCUGUUUAUGAGUGGGGAAUUCGUGGACCUUUCCUUGUCAUCGCUCCACUCUCAACAAUUCCAAAUUGGCAACGUGAAUUUGAAAGUUGGACGGAUUUGAAUGUCAUUGUUUACCAUGGAUCGUCAACAAGUCGACAAAUGAUUCAAGAUUAUGAAAUUUUUUAUAAACUUGAGAAUGGAAAGCCACUGAAAGACAUCAUAAAGUUUAAUGUUCUCAUUACAACUUUCGAAAUGAUUGUGACAGAUUAUCAAGACCUUCAAAAGUUUAACUUUCGUGUUUGCGUCAUUGAUGAAGCUCAUCGAUUGAAGAAUCGAAAUUGCAAGUUGCUUGAAGGACUUCGUCAAUUAAAUUUGGAACAUCGUGUGUUGUUGUCAGGCACGCCACUGCAAAACAACGUAAAUGAACUCUUCUCGUUGUUAAAUUUCCUCGAGCCGAGUCAAUUUGCAUGCAGUGAAGAUUUUUUACGUGACUUUGGUUCGUUAAAAACUGAAAGUGAAGUACAAAAAUUGCAAGCAUUGUUAAAGCCGAUGAUGUUGCGUCGUCUUAAAGACGAUGUGGAAAAAUCGUUGGCACCAAAAGAAGAAACAAUUGUUGAAGUUGAAUUGACAAACAUUCAGAAGAAAUAUUAUCGCGGGAUUCUUGAGCAGAACUUUUCGUUCUUGCAGAAAGGCACAACAGCUGCAAACAUUCCCAAUCUCAUGAACACAAUGAUGGAGCUUCGUAAAUGUUGCAUUCAUCCUUACUUGCUUAAUGGGGCUGAAGAUCAAAUUCAAUAUGAAUGGCGAUUGUCGCAUGGUGAAGACCGUGACGGUUACUACAAGAACAUUGUCAAUGCAUCGGGAAAAAUGGUUUUGAUUGACAAACUUUUACCGAAAUUGAAAGCAAACGGCCAUCGUGUGUUGAUUUUCAGUCAAAUGGUUCGUUGCCUAGAUAUUCUCGAAGAUUAUCUCGUGUACAAAAAAUAUCCUUUCGAAAGAAUUGACGGACGAAUUCGUGGUAAUUUAAGACAAGCUGCAAUUGAUCGCUACAGCAAACCAGAUUCAGAUCGUUUUGUGUUCUUGUUGUGUACAAAAGCUGGUGGUUUGGGUAUCAAUUUGACAGCUGCUGAUACUGUCAUAAUCUACGAUUCAGAUUGGAAUCCACAAAACGAUUUACAAGCGCAAGCUCGUUGUCAUCGUAUUGGUCAACAGAAGAUGGUGAAAAUUUAUCGUCUUUUAUGUCGUAACACAUACGAACGUGAGAUGUUUGACAAGGCAUCACUAAAGUUGGGACUCGACAAAGCAAUUCUUCAAAGCAUGAACACAACGCAAGGUAAAGAUGGAAAUAACAAGCAAAUGUCGAAGAAAGAAAUUGAAGAUUUACUCAAGAAAGGCGCCUAUGGUGCUGUCAUGGACGAUGACAAUGCUGGUGACAAGUUUUGUGAAGAAGACAUCGAUUCAAUUCUUCAAAGACGGACACAAAUCAUUACCAUGGAAAGUGAGAAAGGAUCAACUUUCUCGAAAGCGUCUUUUGCGUCAUCGGGAAAUCGUUCCGAUAUUAAUAUUGACGACCCCGAUUUUUGGAAUAAAUGGGCGAAGAAAGCUGACAUUGAUACGACGAUUGGAGAGAAAGAUGAGACCGAAGAUUUGGUUUUAUCAGAGCCUCGUCGUCGUACGCAGAUUAAGCGAUAUGGACAUGAUGACGGUGUCAUGGACAUGUCAGAAGAAUCAACUGGAUUAGAAACUGAUGAAGAAGGUGGCGUGGGAGUGAGUUUAAGGAGCAAAAGACGUCGAGAAAAGGAAAGACGUAAAGGAAAAAUUGACGAUUAUAUUCCACGUGACCGCGACACUCUCGCUGCACUUGGAUUCGAAGAUGUUUCCUAUGGUUCAUGGGCACGUUCUGAAUGCUUCAAAGUUGAGAAAGGUUUACUUUCAUUUGGUUGGGGUCGUUGGACAGAAAUCUUGGAGCAAGGAGCGUUUAAAAGAGGAUGGAAAGAAAGCGACGUUGAAGACUGCUCUCGAGUUAUUCUUUUAUUCUGUUUGCAACGUUACCAAGGCGAUGAGAAAAUUAAAACAUUUAUCUCGGAUUUAAUUAAGCCGAGAGGUUUAGGCGAAGAAAACACGAUUGCACGCAAUCACAGUGGUUUACAUAAUUUAGUUCCUCGUGGACGUAAUGCGAAAGGACGUAAAGGUAAAGCAGGGCAAUCGACAAGUUCUGCAAAAGAACCAAGUAGUGCUGGGCCAUCGUCACCUCGUGCAUCAUCGUCUGCUUCAAGUACUGUUAGUGUUUUAGAUGACAAUCACUGGAGUAAAGACGAUAAAUACGACGCUGAUUCGUACCUGGAUAUUAAUUAUAAGAAACAUUUAACACGACAUGCCAACAAAGUUUUAUUACGUGUUCGCAUGCUUUACUAUAUCAAACACGAAAUCAUUGGUGAUUUUGUUCAGCAAAUUCAAGACGGAAUCCCAAUCAGCGAUCUCCCAAUUCGCCCACCACCAACAACUGAUCAGAUGCCGUGCUCUUGGUGGAAUCCGAAAUGUUGUGACAAGAGUUUAUUGGUCGGAACAUAUAAACAUGGAUGUGAAAGUUAUCGUCAAAUGCGAGCCGACCCAUCGUUGUGUUAUAUAAGUCAUUGUGGUCCUGGUGAUGUUACGGAUGAUAUAUCGAUUAGUAAAGAACAUGAUGAUGAGACAAAUUCCAAGCAUGGUGAUGACGAUGAAGAAGUUCGAUCGACAAAAGAUGAAGAUCGACCAAGUUCAUCGGGUCUUGAUGAUGAAGAAUCAUCAACGACACAUCCAUCAGAAUUGGAUCCGAAUCUUAUUUGGCCAUCAAUGCAAGAUCUUAACACUCGAUUACGACGCGUCAUUACUUCUUAUCAAAGGAAUUACAAGAAGGAAGAAUUGAAGCAGCAACAAAAGGCUAAGUUGCAAUCAAUUGUACAACCAGCAAAUGGCGGAGGUGCUAAUAACCCAACAGCAAGUACUUCCUAUUCAUCAGCAUUAGCUGCUUCUAUGGCACAACAGCAACAAUCUCAAUCGAAGCACGCCCAACAGUCUCAAGUUCAAAUGCCAUCAGCCGCUGAUAUCAGCUUGCUGUUGAGUCUCGGUAUGGGCAGUCUUGAUGCCAGUCAACUGGCAAAUCUCGAUUUGCAGAAACUUGCAAUGUACUUGAAAAUGGAGCGUCGUGAAAAGAUUGAACAAGUCGUACGAGAACGAGAACGUGUCCGUUUCGAACAAAUUCCAAAGAAAUGGUCACGUCGUGAUGAAAAUGAAUUCCUUCGAGUUUUAACUGGUUAUGGAAUUGAUUUGCAGCAACAUACGUCAGUGCCGAUGGCUGACUGGUCACGCUUCAAAACAUUUGCAAAACUUGAUAAGAAAUCAGACGAGAAUUUGAGUGACUACUACAAAGUCUUCAUUGCGAUGUGCAAGCGACAAGCUGGUGAGAAGCUUCUUGAAGAAGAGAAGGGACUUGAAGGAUUGAUUGAUGACAUCGGUGAAGAUCACGCGAAACUUAUUCUUGAUCGUCUCGAAUUGUUAUCGAAACUUCGUGAGAUUGCCAAACAUCCAAAACUCGAAGAAAGGUUGAAGUUAUGUGAGAAUAAUUUGGACACGCCAGAUUGGUGGGAAUCAGGAAAACAUGACCGUGAACUUGUCCGAGCUGUCCUUAAAUACGGUUUGUAUCGAUCCGAUCAAUACAUUCUCAACGACACCGAGUUUCCCUUUUCUGAAGCUGAGAAGAAUUACGUGAGAAGUUUGGAAGUUCUCAAGUCAUUUAAAUUCGAUAAUCCAGCAGAUUUGUUUAAACUUGCAAUGGGUGAAAUGCCAACGAAAGCUGCUAAAGUUGAGACAAAAUCCGAACCUGUCCCUGUCGUUAAACAAGAUAAUUCUGUUGAACAAGAAAAAGUUGCUGAAAAUGUUGAAGAAACUUCUUCAAGUGAAACUAAUUUAGUUAAACCAUCAACACCAACAGAAGAAAAAGAAAAAGAAGUUGAAGAAGAUCAACAAGAAACAAAAGACGAAGUUGCAGUAAAGUCACCUGAAAAGUCAGUUGAAAAAGAAGCUGAAACAGUCGACGACACUCCAGUCACUAAUGAAGAAGAAACUAAAGUGAGUGAAAGAGAAAAAUCUGUCGAGAAUGAAACUGUUGAAGCAUCGGAAGGUGAAAAAAUGGAAACUGAAGAAACGUCGGAAGAAAAAGACGCGGCUGAAGCUCCUUCUGAAAUUAAAUCAACAACAGAUGAAGCAAUGGAAGUUGAUUCGGAAGAAAAACCUCCUGUCGAAGAAGACUCAAAAGAAAAAGAAGAAACAUCAGAAGAAGUUGCUUCAGAUGACAAGAAAUGUGAAGAAAAAGAUGAAACAGAAAUUAACGAACCAGCGAUUGAAACAGAAAAAGAAGAAAAAAUGGAAGUGAAUGACGAACAAUCAGCAGACGUUGAAGAAUCUUCAAAUGAAAUUGAAAAGAAAAUUAAUUCGCCAUUAAAGGAAGAUGAAGAGAAAUUGGAAUCGAAGGAUGAUGAAGGGGAAGAGAUGAAAGAAGUCGCUGCUGUUGAGAAGUCGAAAUCAUCUGACGAUGAGAAAGUCGAAAGCAUAGUCGAAGAAGAAAUUGUGACAGUUAAGAAGGAACCUGGAUUGGAACGUCCUGAAGGCGAUCCAAAGGUUAUCGACACAGUUGUGAUCGAAGAUGACGACACAUUGACAGAAAAGCCACAAGCAACAGAAGAAGGCGCUGCAUCAACUUCCAAUCAAGCUGAAGAACUUCGAGCUCGUUUCCCAGAUUUGGAAGUUUUCCAACCACUCAUGAAACUCAAACAAUUAGACGCGAUGAUGAUGAAAGGCGAUGUCAAAGAUAAUUUAAAAUCUUUGUCACGAGUUUUCGACGCUUCAAUGGUUGUUAAAUGGUUCAGAGAUUUUGCAUUAGAAAAGCGAAUUAGUCACAUCAUUUAUUGUGUUGAGAAAGGCGUUUGGCCAGUUGGCAAAUCCUAUUCAGCUUACAGCGGUUGCUUGGGAAUUGAUCUCGAUUUGCCACUCUACGAGACUGUCAAACGUCUUGGCGUUCACGAUGACAAACGUUCAAGUUCAAGCACGCCAGACAUCAUCACAAUCACAACUGAUCAUCAUCAGCUGGGCAAGUCAAGUUUGUCAGCAUUGCAAUCUCAAUUGCAUCAAAGCAUGAGCGCAAUGGCAGCUGCCAAAGGCAAGAAAGGUCAAAAACGUCACAUUGCUAUUGACGUCGAGACUGAACGUGCAAAGUUGCAUGCAUUGCUGAACAACACGACGCCAUUGGGUGGCAACAAUCAGAAAUCAAACUGGAAUGAUGAAGAACAAGAAAUUAACCGACGAUCGUCUGGUUCAUCGUUGCAACCUCCACCAGCACAUCAACCAACAACAAGAUCGUCAAUGUCGCAAUACAAACCAACUGUGACUAUUCCUGGAACUUCCAGCACACUCACGCCGAUUGAUUUAUCGUCAAGUUUACCAAAAAUGCGAAUCGCUGACAUUUUACGUAAACCAACAGCUGACAUGAGUGAAGUUCAAGACUUCUCUAUGGGUAAAUCAAGAGGUGGCAGUGGAAGCAAUUCAUUGUCACAAUCUGCGUCACAAUCAUCAGUUGGUAAAGGAAAGCUCAACGAUAUGUUGACAAAACUUAUGAAGAAGAAUAACGUGCCGAUGGACGAACCACAACCGUUAAGUAAGGAAAAGAAGCGAAGGAAGUUAGACGAGAUUGUGUUGGGAUUGUCAGCUGCUAAACAACCAGAACAGAAAUCAAUAUUUGGCGAUCCUGGCUUGUCAAUGUCAUCAUCAUCAAAGAAGCCACAAAUAACGCCGAGUGUCUCCGUGACACCAGCAAAUGUUCAAUCACAAUCGCAAUCACAUUCGAAUCAAAAUCAAAAACCUUUCACAAUUACUGUCACAAGUGUGCCAGGUAAAAGUUCAUCCAAAGGCCAAUCACAAUCACAGUCAGCUUCGGGAUCUUCUGGCAUGGCGGCACUUCAAAGUAUGAGUAACUUGACAUCAAAGGAAAGCAUGAAUGCGAUGAUAUUGCAAGCAGCACAAGCUGAACAGCAAGCGUUCUUGAAACAACAGCAGAAAAUUAUUCAAUCGAUUCCAGCAAAUUCACCGCAACGAAAAGCUUACGAAGCGAUGUUUGCUGAGAUGAAGCAAGCACUUGAAUUAAGCUCAAAGUUGGGCAGUUAUGGAUCUGGUGGAGCUCACGAUGCGAAGGUUAAUAAAUGGUUAGCUGAACAAACAGCUGCUUUAACUGAGCAAGCAAUGAGCAUGGAAUAUUUGUCGAGAACACAAGCUGAUGCUAAUGCAAUUGCAAACAUCAAUUGGAAUAGUUUGACGGGUGAAGAAAAUGUCAGCGUCAUUCAUAAGUCGAGUGGCAAAAGAUUGACAGGCCGAAAUGCUCCACAACUUAAGCGAUUGUCUCAGUGGUUGAAGGAGAAUCCAAUGUACGAGAUUGAUCCAAAGUGGACGGAAAGUUUGACAAUGCCAAGUCCAAUGGCGGUUCCACAAUCAUCUUCGUCGUCGUCGUCUUCAAUGAACCAAAAAUCGUCGUCAAUGUCAAAUGACAAUUAUUCAAAUCUUGCUGGUUUGAAUGCAAACAUUUUGUCAAGUUUACCAGGACUUGGUGCAUUCGAUCCUAAGAAUCCACUCGCAUCAAUGAUGCCAUUUGCUGGAAUGCCUGGACUUGGAUCGAUGGCCAACAUGGCGAACAUGAACAACAUGAAUUUGUUUGGGAAUUUAGCGGCACUUGGUGGCUUAGCUGGAAUGGAUGCUCAGAGCUUAGCUGCUGUUAUGGCAGCAGCAAGUUUAGAUCCAUCUACAGCUGCUGCACUUGCUAAAGCUUAUGAUCAACUUGCUCAACAAUGCAAUCUUUUGAAUGGAGCCGGCAUGAGUGGCUCAUCAACUGGCACAACUUCGACGUCUUCAUCGUCAAGACAAUCGUCGAAUAAAAAUUCAUCAUCGACAAGUUCAUCGUCGCGUGGUGGCAGCAACAACAACAUGGGAAGUUCUCAUCAAUCAACGCCAUCACCAAGUGGUAAAAGUUCAAGGAAUUCUCAAAGUAAUAUGAAUUCUUUAGCUGCUGCUGCUGCUGCUCGUGAUGCUCAAUUACAGUCGUUGCUAUUGCCACAUGACACGCAUUUACUUGAAUCACUUUCAAGAGCGACUGGCUUGGAUAUCACUCAGAGCAGUUCACGUGGUUCAAGUGGAAGUUCAAGUUCUCAAGAUAAACGAAGCAAUGCAGCUCAACAAGCAAAUAAAGAAGCUUUGGAGAAGAUUGAAAGAGAUCGAAGAAAGUUGAUGGAACAGUUGACGAGAAAUGGUUUCCCAACAGACUUUGCUACAAUGCAAGCACUCGCAAAGAUGCCAACAGGUCUUGGUGGUGGAUCUUCAUCGUCAUCAUCAUCAAUGAAAGGUUCGUCGUCAUCGAAAGACAUUCCAUUGCCGCUACCAGCUGACUUUAGUCAAGCAUUGUUUGCUGAAAUGAUGGCACAGACAGCAGCCGCAGUUUCUGCUAAUUCUUCAUCAUCUUCAUCGAGUAAAAGAUCGCGCGAUCAAGAAAUGAAAGAUGCUUUGGAGCAAUUGAAGAACCCUGUUGAAAUGCUUGCAAGAAGUCUUGGAGUUGGUCCUGGAAUUUCAUUAAUUCCAACAUCAUCUGCUUCAAGUAUCCACGAUUCAAAGCGAAUGCGUCAAGAGACGUCUUCGUCAGCUGCUGCAAUUUCAUUGACUCCAACUUCAUCAAAGUCAAAUGAUAUGAAGUCACUUUUACUUGGCAAUGACGAGAUGAAGUCUCCGAGAUCUUCGAGAUCUGACUCGUCACGACAACAUCAAGAACAGCAGCAAGAUAAGGUGACUCUAACACCAGUUUCAGCUGCAAGUAUUGGAGCGUCAUUGCCAUCGCAAACAACAAUUUCACUUGCUACAAACAGCGGCUCUGAACGUGCAAGUUCUUCAAGAGAACAACAGCAUCAUGACUCAAACAUGGACAUUGAAGAUUUAAUUGCACAAUCGAAAGUAUCAAAAGCUGGUGAAAUUCAAUCAGAAGAUCAGCACAUGGAUUUGAGUCAAAGAAAGUCUGAUGAAAGUAGUCAGGAACAUUCUGAACAUCAACAGCAAGAUGAAAAUACUGGCGAUGAAGGUGAACGAAGUGGAAGUGGCAGUGGUAGAAGUGGACGUCGAACAAGAUCAAAACGUCCACGAAGUGGUGACGAUAUGGAUGUAGCAAUGCCUGAAAGAAAACGUGAAUUGCGUUCAAGUGCUGGUCGUUUAGCUGCUGCAGCUGCUGCACGAAUGGCUGCUGAAGCUAAAGCUGCCCAGCAAGCUGCUGCACAACAACAAGAAAGUUCGUUGAAUCUUUCAAACAACUCUGAAGGUAAAGACGGCGGAAAUUCAGAAUGA